AUUGUUUUUCUUGUAUUUAUUAUUUAAAUUGAUUUGGGUUGCGUAAAUAGUAUCCUCUCCGCUGAAGACAAGCUAGCAUAUUAGUAAGCCAUCGAAAAAAUUAAUUAAUACACAUUAAUAUACAGUCUACAGCAACAUGGGUGACAACAACAACCUGCGAAGCGCUGUUAUUAAUGAGGCCCCUAUGCUGACCACUCCAUAUGGCAAUGUGCGAGCGCUAUCAGCACCACCGCCCCUACCACAAUCGCCGUUGCAACAGACUUCAUAUGGAUACGGCGGUGGCUAUGGCAACAUGGGUGGCUACGGCAUGGGCUUAGGCGGCUACAGCGCAGGAGGCUAUGGUACAGGCGGAUAUGGCUAUGGCAGCAUGGGCUAUGGUAUGGGCGGUUUCGGUGGCUAUGGCGGCAGCUACGGUGGCUACAACAGAUUUGGUGGCAUGAACAGCAACGAUCCCGAGCAGCGGUUUAUACAAAUGGCCGAAAAUAGUUCACGUCCCGCAUUCGAAAGCAUCGAAUCGCUAGUCUCAGCCAUUGGAAACAUUGCUUCCAUGCUGGACUCAACUUUCUUUGCGCUGACAAGCUCGUUUCGUGCCAUUCUUGGCGUGGCCGCAAAUUUCGGACGCCUGCGCACUGUAUUCGCGCAGUUCUGGACAACGUUUGCGCUAUUCCGCGGUCUAAAAUGGAUUUACAGAAAAAUACUGUAUUGGCUACGCAUCUCGAACUUGGAUCCUUCAUCGGAAGCUUUCAAGAAAGCUUUUGCUGAAGCUCUCAACGACAACAGUAAUCAGCCUGGCACUGCGCCACGUUUACCGCGAAAAGGCACCUCGCCGUGGCCAGUAUUGGCCUUCCUCAGUUUCAUCUUUACCGCGCCGUACCUAAUCAUGAAGUUGCUGGGAACUGUGACGAAUACGGCGCAAGAGGAAGCUCGUAAUCCCGCCAAGUGGACUGCCCCCAUUCAGACGCAGGCCAUUUAUAAUUUCCAGGCGCGCAACGAAAGCGAGUUGAGUUUGCGUGCCGGCCAAAACGUUCAAGUGGCUCCACGUGAGAUUCAACAGACGCUUCACCUCCUCAACACAGGCUGGGCCCUGGCUUCAACGAAUGGCCAGAGCUCAGGUCUAAUACCUAUUAGCUAUGUGAAAUCCCCGCAGCAGCUACGACAGGAACGGCAGGAACCCGUCAAACCACUGCCACCGCAACCGGAGCUAAUGAAUCUGUCUACAAGCGCAUUCCCCAACCCACCAGUCGACCAGCAAAUGAACUACGAAUUCAAUUUGGCCGCACAGCAGCAGCAACCGCUGGGUCCCCCGUCCACGACAGCAUUUGACGAAGGAUUUGCCUAGAGUGUGCAGAAGCCUCAACACUUAGC